AUGGCAAAAGCCAACAGUUCAGACUUUCACGUCCUUAUGUUUUCAUGGUUUGCAAUUGGUCACAUGACCCCAUUUCUCCACCUUGCUAACAAGCUUGCUGAAAAGGGUCAUAGAAUCACUUUCGUGCUACCCAGAAAAGCCGUGAGCCAAUUGGAACAUUUGAAUUUGUACCCAGAUUUCAUCUCUUUCCACCCUGUUACAGUUCCAUCUGUCACUGGCCUCCCUCCAGGUGCUGAAACUGCCUCCGAUAUCCCCAUUUUCUUGAGCCAUUUCCUCUCCAUUGCCAUGGACCGUACCAGGGAUCAAGUUGAAAACGUCAUCUCUUCAGUAAAACCGAAUCUGGUUUUGUACGACACUGCCCACUGGAUUCCUGAGAUAGCCAAACCACUUGGGAUCAAAACUGUAUGUUACAACGUUGUCUGUGCUGCAGCAAUCGCUAUUGUUUUGGUUCCAGCACGAAAUGCGACCAGGGAAAGGCCUAUAACCGCGGCUGAAUUGGCUGUGCCACCCCCUGGUUACCCUUCAUCUUCUGUAGUGUUGCGUAGCCAUGAAGGCCAGUCUUUGUUGUUUGUAACAAACCCUUUUGGGGAAGGGUUAACGUUUUACGAGAGAAUCACCAAGGCAAUGAAGAAUUGUGAUGCUAUAUCGAUGAGGACUUGCCAUGAAAUUGAAGCGAAGUUAUGUGAUUAUAUAGGGAGCCAGUAUGAGAAACCAGUUCUUUUAACAGGUCCAGUUUUGCCUGAAGAGUCUAAGUCUGUAUUGGAUGAACGAUGGGGUCGUUGGUUAGCCGGGUUCGAACCAGGCUCGGUGGUAUAUUGUGCUUUCGGGAGCCAGUUCAUUUUUGAAAAACCUCAGUUCCAGGAACUUUUGCUGGGGUUUGAGCUAACAGGGCUUCCUUUUUUUGUCGCCUUAAAGCCACCGUUGGAGGCUGCAACGAUUGAAGAAGCAUUGCCUGAAGGGUUCGAAGAGAGGGUUAAAGGGAGAGGGGUUGUUUGGGGCGGAUGGGUGCAACAACCAUUGGUGCUGGCUCACCCAUCAGUCGGCUGUUUUGUGAGCCAUUGUGGGUUUGGGUCGAUGUGGGAAUCUUUGAUGAGUGAUUGCCAAAUAGUGUUGUUUCCACAGUUGGGUGACCAAAUAUUGAAUACCAGGCUAAUGGCUGAUGAGCUCAAGGUUGCUGUGGAGGUUAAGAGAGAAGAAAAUGGAUGGCUUUCGAAAGAGAAUUUGAGAGAAGCUAUAAAAUCAGUGAUGGAUAAGGAUAGCGAAGUGGGUAAGUUGGCAAAGGAGAAUCACAAGAAAUGGAGAGAUACGAUCAACCCAGAAUUCACGAAUGAUUACAUCGAUAAGUUCAUCCAAAGGAUGCAUGAGCUUGUCGAGUGAAGCACCAUAUAUAAGAAAGAGAACACCUAAAAUAUGGCUUCAGAGCUUGGAAAGCAGCAUCCAGAUGCCAUGAUUUCUUCCUCAAACUUGCUAAUCUCGUGUCGCAAUUCAUGA